AUGGAGCGACUUAGAUACGGAUACUUCCUAGGUCUGCUACUCCACCUAGCCUUCCUUGGUACCCAGGGACAGCGCAUCCAGCCCAAAAUUGUAGGUGGCACCACCACCUCGCUCUCCAAUGUGGGUGGCUUCGUGGUGAACCUCCGCUACGAUGGCACCUUCUACUGCGGCGGCUCCCUGGUGAGCAGCAGGUACGUGGUGACGGCAGCCCACUGCCUGAGUGGCAACCAGGCCAGCAGGAUAACGGUCCAGGGCGGCGUCAGUCAGCUCAGUCAGACGGGCGUGGUCCGGAGCGUCGCCAAAUACUGGAUACACAGCGGCUACAGCAGCUCCAGCCUCAACUGGGACGUGGGCGUGAUCCGCCUGCAGAGUGCCCUCACGGGCUCUGGGAUCACCACAGUCUCGCUGUGCACGGUACAGUGGAACCCCGGCGACUAUAUGCGCGUCUCUGGCUGGGGCGUCACACGUUAUGGCAACUCCAAUCCCUCCAACCAACUGCGCACUGUGCAAAUCCAACUGAUCCGCAAGAAGGUCUGCCAGAAUGCCUACCGCUAUCGAGACACUCUGACCGCGAGCACCUUCUGUGCCAGAUCCCCCGGCAAGGAUAGCUGCACUGGAGACUCUGGUGGCGGUGUCAUCUACAAGAGCCAGCUCUGUGGCAUUGUCUCCUGGGGCCUGGGCUGCGCCAAUGCCCAAUAUCCUGGGGUGUACACGAGUGUCCAUCGGGUGCGCAACUUCAUCACCAGCUGCAUGUCGAAGAAGUGA